UUGUUUUCACGUUUUUUAAAGUUGGUUUUAUUUAUUUUUCAAAAGUUUUAAAUUUCUUUUGUUGUAAUGUAAUGAUAAUUAUUUAUGUUAAAGUAUUGAAAAGUAAUCAAUAAAUAUAUUUCAGGUAUAUGAAAAGGAUAGCUUCAGAUUGCUGUUGGUUUUUGUAGUCAUGUAGCUCUGAAAUAUCCAGUAUCAUGUUACAUAUUUGGAAUACAUUUCUAUGAAAUGCAGGCUAAAAAACGUUACAUUGUUCUUAUUGUUACUUGCGGUACUUUGUUAUAUGGAUGUUAUACUGGACUACGAUUUAAAUCGGAAUUAAGUCAACAGAGUCAUCGUGAUCAGUUACCAACAUUCGCAUCAUUUGAAGAUUUGUCUGAAGCUCCUUCUUUACUACAGAGACAACCACGCUCCACCUCUAAGCCAUGUCGAAUGGAGACCUGUUUUGACUUUACCAAGUGUGGUGAUGAUCCUAAAAUAUAUGUGUACCCAACAGAAGGCCCUGUAAGUGCCUCGUAUCGUAAAGUAUUAUCAGUAAUUAGAGAAUCACGAUAUGCUACAAGAGAUCCAAACGAAGCAUGUUUAUUUAUACCGGCUGUAGACACUUUAGAUGCCGAUCCUCUCUCUCCAGAACAUGUUCCAGAUGUUGCAUCGCGGCUAUCUCGAUUACCGUAUUGGAAAAAUGGUAGGAAUCACUUAAUUUUUAAUUUAUAUGCUGGUACAUGGCCUGAUUAUGCUGAAAAUUCUCUUGGAUUUGAUCCUGGUGAUUCAAUAUUAGCUCGUGCAAGUGCAUCUGAAACAGUGUUUCGUGAUGGGUUUGAUAUAUCCUUGCCAUUGUUUCACAAAGAACAUCCAGAGAGAGGAGGCCAACCCCCAUCAGCUACUGCAAAUACAUUCCCAGCACCACGUAAACAUUUACUGGCAUUUAAAGGAAAGCGAUAUGUUCAUGGGAUUGGCAGUGAAACCAGGAAUUCGUUAUGGCAUUUACACGACGGCAACAAUCUUAUUUUAGUGACUACAUGUCGUCAUGGAAAAUCAUGGAAAGAUUUGAGAGAUGAAAGAUGUGAUGAAGAUAACCGUGAAUAUGAUAAAUUUGAUUAUGAGCAGUUGUUGGCGAAUUCUACUUUUUGUCUGGUAGCACGAGGUCGACGAUUGGGCUCGUAUCGUUUUCUUGAAGCUUUGGCAGCCGGUUGCGUGCCAGUAUUACUCAGUAAUGGUUGGCGUUUACCUUUCGAUGAGCGAAUUGAUUGGCGACGUGCUGUUAUCUGGGCGGAUGAGCGGCUAUUAUUGCAGGUGCCGGAGCUCGUACGCUCAGUUUCACCUGAGCGCGUCCUUGCACUAAGACAGCAAACGCAGCUUUUGUGGGAACAAUAUUUUUCGUCAAUUGAAAAGAUAGUUUUCACCACAAUAGAGGUUAUAUUAGAGAGGAUAUCGGUACACAGGACAUCACGCCAAAGAGAGGCACUUAUUUGGAAUGCUUCUCCAGGAGCGUUAGGAACACUAGUUUCCUACGGAGACUCUCGAGCGCAUUUACCAUUAGCUGUGUCUGCACCGCCAGCACCGCUUGCCCCUAAUGCGCCUCCAUCACCAUUACCUGCCCCUUCUGUGCCAUUAACUGCGCCGCCUCCCACCUAUAGUGGCACAUACACUGCAUUGCUCUAUGUACAAGCCACUUCACCAGCCUUGCAUAAGUUGCUCGCUAACAUUGCCAACAGCGAGUACUGUGAAAAGGUUGUGCUGGUCUGGGAUAGUGAACGUGCGGCACCGUCGUUAAAAUCUUUGGCGAGAGUGGCAGGAGAUGCUCGCGAACCACUUCCAGUAUUAGUCAUAGAUGCUACUACUCAUUAUCCAGGGGAAGGGGUUUCAGCUAGGUGGAAACCACUUUGGGCAGUGCCCACAGCUGCUGUCUUUUCAUUAGAUGGUGAUGCACCUUUGCUUGCAGAAGAGUUGGAUUUCGCAUUUAGGGUGUGGCAGCAUUUCCCCGAACGAAUCGUUGGUUAUCCAGCCAGAAGUCACUACUGGGAUGAAGCCAAAGGUGCGUGGGGGUAUAGCAGUAAGUGGGGUGGCGCAUAUUCUAUGGUACUGCCAGGAGCAGCGUUGGUACAUCGCGCUACCCUGGCAUUGUACGGGGCGAGUGCGCCGGCGCUGCGUCAUGCGGUGCAGCGUGCUCACAACUGCGAGGAUAUUCUACUAAACUGUCUCGUGGCGCAUCUGACGCGACGCCCACCUCUCAAGCUCGCGCAGCGUCGACGGUACAAAUCCGCACAUCACCGCUACAAGUCCUCCUGGAGCGAUCCCGAGCACUUCGUUCAGCGACAAUCUUGUUUAAAUACAUUUGCGACAGCAUGGGGUUAUAUGCCACUGAUGCGUUCUAUACUUCGAUUAGAUCCCAUAUUAUUUAAAGACCCUGUAUCUACAUUAAGGAAGAAAUAUAGAAAAAUGGAAUUAUUAACCUCAUAAUCCUUUAUAAAAAUCCUAUAUCUCAAUAAAUAGUAAUUUAAUAGGCACGCACAGUGAAUUGUAGUUAUGGUUAUUCCCAUAAUUAAGCAAAAAUAAAAAUAGAUACCUAAAUAAUU